UCUAAAACCACCCAUAGUAGUGAAUAACAUAAGUUGGUACAAGAAGAUGAAUGCGUUGGAGUACGUUGGGAAGAUAGGCAAGCACUUUCGGAUGGGCACAAUGCUUUGCAAGGAAAGUGUCGACACACGACUGAAGAGUGAGCAUGGCCUCAGCUACACCGAGUUCUCCUAUCAGAUCUUCCAGGCCUAUGACUGGUAUCACCUGCUUCAGAAGUACAACUGCCGCUUCCAGGCAGGUGGUAGCGACCAGCUGGGCAACAUCUCGGCAGGCCACGAGCUGAUAUCCCGCCUGAGCCGGACGGAGGUGUACGGCGUCACUCUGCCUCUGGUGAAAACUGUGUCUGGCGCCAAGUUUGGCAAGUCGGCUGGCAACGCGGUCUGGCUCAGCCCGGACAUGACGUCACCGUUCGACCUCUACCAGCACCUGGUGAGGACCACCGACGCCGACGUAGAAACCAUGCUCAAGCUCUUUACUUUCGACUCGGUCGAGUCGAUCGGCGAUGUUUGCAGGAAGCACCAAACAAGGCCUGAACUGUGGCUGGCGCAGAAGAGACUGGCUGACAAGGUGACCACCCUGGUGCACGGUGAGGAAGGCCUGAAGGCGGCACAUCUGGCCACCGAAGCGCUCUACAAUGGCAACGUCGACAUCCUCAGUCAACUCUCGUGGAACGAUGUUACCAGUGUUUUCAAAGGUAAUUCCUUGUUCAUUUUCCUAUAGAAAGGUCCAAGGCUC